UGUAGUCACCUGAUAAGUGAACCCCUCGCAUAUCACUGCUUUUCUAGAUGCUUCAUGUGAGAUCUGAUCAGGUCUCGGUAAAUCAUGCCAGAUAUCCAAAGAGAGAAACCACAUACUGUAUGAAAACAAACCUUGUGUAAACAGCAUCCGCACGUCUCAAAAACUCUCCUGAUAAUUUGACUAAUAAGCGGGAUAAACAGAGAAUUUGCAGUACUCACCCGAGACUGUGUGACAUGGUGCUUAGAGAGAUGAGAAUGACCGUCUCUCGUCUUCUCCGCUCUCUCUAAAUAAGGCCCUGACUCCACACUCUUUUCCCCAUCUGCUAAAGCUAUUUCCCCCAAAAGGCAUCUGAUUUCCUCUCCGUUUUUUACCCAUGAGCAGAGAAAGGCCCUGCUCUGUGUGCCGUUACACCGCAUCUGUCUGUACGGGUGAAACCUUUGGGACGUCUUGAAUAGUUCUGCUCGAGUAGUGUAUGCCGCGAUGAGCACUGUUACUCUGAUUAAAACAGUGAUACACUACCAUGACUGUAAAUGACAACUAAUGUAUAUUCCAUAAAGAAUCUUUUAUUCAUUCUAGUAGGCUGGGAAGUAGUUGAAAUUACAUGGGAUAUAUUGUCGGAUAUAUGCGUGUGUGUGUGUGUUACAAAAGGUUUCAACAUGCCUUUCGUAGACAGCGAAAUAGCAAAUCAAUAAUGAGAUUAUUGUUUAUACUUUAUAACAAAACAUUCUUAGUUUUAACCGUAUUUCCUUAAACUAAUCAAAAAGAAAAUACACCAACCUGACUGCCUAACCAAAAAGCAAUAUGCGAUAUAUUUACAAAGCCAAGUGAACAAAUUGAGAUGGCCAAAAUCAGUGUCAGAAAACAGUUAAAAUACAACAAACACAAAACAUUUCCUACUCAACCAGUCAGUACUCACAGUCUCCAAUACACUUUUAACACGUACAAACUAUCUUAUUAAACACUACAAACAUAUAAUAUGAAUACACUAAUAAAAACUCUCUUAAAACUCUGCACUAAACAAUCCAACUCUUUCUGUUUAGGACACAAAGAUGUUGUGAUGACAUGUAUUUUAAAGUUCUGUCCACCAAUCAGGACAUAGCAUCAAUCAGCCAGCAGGAACCAAUCAGAGGGCAUUCCUGCACGCACACAAACUCCCAAAACAACCAAGGUGGUUUGUCGAUGGACUACUCAAUAGUUUGUUUGCAGACAGUCAUCCCACCAAUAGAAGAAGAUCUACAGCUUCGGGGCUUCAGACACUGAUCCCCUGUCCUCUAAAUCAUCCUCACAACACAGGAGAACGUGCAGAAGAUCAACAACCCAUUAACACGUUUAACCCCUCUCAGCUUCUCCGACCUUCUCAACAAAUCUGCCUUUAGGGACCAAAGAAAAGGUCCCGAUUAAAACAGCAAAUCACGAAAAAGAUUUAAAAGGGCCGAAAUGAAAAUCUAUUUCUGACAUGUUUUGGAUGUAUGGAGCUGUAAGGCUUGGCCUGGCUGGAUUCAGUGGACAGUUGUGGCGGGGUUUUGUGACCCAGCCUCCCUCUCAUGUUACAUGUCCCUAUUUAUAACAUCUCCCACCCCUCCUUCAGUCCCAGCCCAUUGCCCAAAAUCCCGGCCACUGUUAGGAAGCACCUUUCCCUCUCAGCUGGGCCGCAGUCUGCGCUAGACUGUCAGCUGAGAUUCAUCUCUCAUCAUCAUAAUCGUCAGCUGCUGCUGCCUGGCAACUCUCGCUCGCGACGUGCAUGGGAUUAUCACACACACACUCAUGUGUACUGACGCACUUUUUUCCCUUUCCACUUUUUUUUCCAGGGAGAGAUUGCUUAAAGUGAGAAGCAAAGGAGCGUUUUGUGUUUCUGCUGCUUUUAAUUAAUCUGGAAGUUUUGCUGUUGUGGCUUCGGUUUUCGGUUUGGUGCAUGCGAUGGAUCACACGCUGUUCGGCUGUUUGCGCAGCCCUCACGCACCUCCACAGGCCCUGCACCCCGCCUUCGCCCUUCACGGGCGCUCCGAGCACCUCUCCGCGUACCCUGACCUCUCCACCUCCUCUCCUUCUUCCUGCAUCGUGAGCAGUUACCCAGGUGAGGAUGGGGGACUGUUUGGGGAGCACGGGCACCAGCGAGGGCCACCCAUGUCCCAGCAUCAUCAUCAUCAUCACCAUCAUCAUCUACCCCAACCGCAGCAGACCGGAUGGCACAUACCGCAGACGGCCAGCGCCUCGCCAGCCAGCGCCCGUCUAGGGCUGGGCAUCUCGGCCCCUGAUUCAGGCUCUUCAGACAUGGGUCCCGGGGGCCCCAGCCUCUGCGCAAGCACCCCGAGCCUCGGCGGAGGGGUGCCCACGGGGGCCUCUUGUGUUCCCGGAGGGGAUUUCGGACGUCAUACGAUGUCGCCAGCCGAGGCAGAGAAAAGGAAUAGCAAACGAAGAAGUGACAGCUCUGAGUCCCAAGAUGGGAAUUACAAGUCGGAUGUGAGCAGCAAGCCAAGGAAGGAGCGGACAGCGUUCACCAAAGAGCAAAUUCGAGAACUGGAGGCAGAAUUCGCCCAUCACAACUAUUUGACCAGACUGAGGCGGUACGAAAUCGCCGUGAACCUGGAUCUCACGGAAAGGCAGGUAAAAGUGUGGUUUCAGAACAGACGGAUGAAGUGGAAGCGAGUUAAAGGAGGCCAACAGGGGGCGGUAGCGAGAGAAAAAGAGCUUGUGAAUGUCAAAAAAGGAACGUUACUUCCUUCUGAGUUUUCGGGAAUUCCUGGACUCCAACAUACACCGGACUCACUUAUCAACAAUGAGGACAGCCACGACAGUGACCAGAGCUCUGAGCACGCUCACUUAUGAUGCUUAUCCGGGGUCAUGUUCAGUUAGGGAUUAUGGUAAGUACGUACUGAAAGUACACAAAGACUGCACAGCAGAUGACACUUGCCAAUGAGGAGCAAUCGCACCACGACGCCUCCCAGGACAGUUCCUGUGACGCCUCAAAGUAGUGACAGUGCUUGCUCAAUAUGUAAAAAUGUACACAGGACUGACAUAUUGUUCUGCAUUUGGAUGAUACAGAAUAUUUGUGAUAUUUUGGCAUCAAUAUUCACAAAGAAAAUGUGCCUUGCUAGUUUGACGGACAUGUUUUCACAUUUGAAAAUGCCGUUAAAUGCAUUAAAGGUGCUGUAAGCCAUUUCAAAAUCCUCCCCGUCAGCAAAGCCAAAGUGCUUUACAGAGGUUAGGGUAUUGAUAUGACCUGCAUGCUAUUCCAUAAAAUAAUCACUUAGUUACAGCACCUUUAAAGUGCCCUUCUACUGCUGUUUUACAUGAAAGAAAGCAGUGUUUUGAUAAACUGUCUGGUCGGAUCUGGCCCAACAACAUUCCAUUCUGAUCUUGCAUUGAAAAGGUGCAUGUUUAAGUUUGCACUGUCAAUUUCUGUGCCUUAAUUGAUUUCUACUGUAUGUUUUUGUACAAUUUCAAUGUGAUCGAAAUAAUAUUCAAUCAAGUGUGCAGGACAUUUCAGUUAAUAUUAUGUCAUGUAAAUAUAAGUAUUUCUAUCUUCCAAAAAUCUGACAGCUGUAUCAUGUGCAGACAAUGCUUCAACAAUAAACUUUUCCAAUGUU